GGAAGCGUAAAGCUGCCAGCUGUCCGUGUCUGCAGCAGGAUGCCCAAGCUGCGCUUGUAGUCUGUGCUGGGCAGCGCAUGGCAACAGGUCGUGGUGCACACAUUGCCCGGAGCACCAUCGUUUGAAUCCUUAGUUCGGAAAACGCGUACUUUCGUACCUGGCAGCCAAAUCGGGAAUCGCAGGAAAAAAGCAACCCAGCUACGGAUAACUCCCGGGCUAUCCUCUGGGGCUAGCGAACAACAACAAACAGGCAACAACAGCAAGCAAAAAGCGUGGCGAGUGGCACCAUCAGCAUCCUUGAAAGCGCCAAAUCGAAGCACGUCGCCUUGGGCGCCAAAGUCAAAGGCUAUCGAAGGAGAUUGGGAACGCUUUGGGCGUUGGGACGGAAAUGCGUGCGGACGCGCUUCUUUUUAAUUAACCGGAUCCGGGUGAGCUGAGGCGGACGGGAUGCCCUGAACGAGCCUAAGCGGAGGAGAUCCGAGCAGCAGCAGCAUGAUGACGGGCGCCAACAUCGACUACGACUAUCUGCUCAAGUUCCUGGUGCUAGGCGACUCCGGUGUGGGCAAGACCUGUCUGCUCUACCAGUAUACCGAUGGCCGCUUUCACUCCCAGUUUAUCUCCACUGUGGGCAUCGAUUUCCGCGAGAAGCGGCUGGUGUACAACUCUCGAGGACGUCGCCACCGCAUCCAUCUGCAGAUCUGGGACACCGCCGGCCAGGAGCGCUUUCGCUCGCUUACCACAGCCUUCUAUCGCGAUGCCAUGGGCUUCCUGCUCAUCUUCGAUCUGACCAGCGAGAAGAGCUUCCUGGAGACAGCCAACUGGCUGUCACAGCUCCGGACGCACGCCUACUCCGAGGACGCGGACGUGGUGCUCUGCGGCAACAAGUGCGACCUGCUGGAGCUGCGCGUCGUGAGCCGCGACCAGGUGGCGGCCCUGGCCCAACGCUACCGUCUGCCCUAUAUCGAGACCAGCGCCUGCACCGGCGCCAAUGUCCAGGAGGCCGUUGAGCUGCUCGUGGGCCGUGUUAUGGAGCGGAUCGAGAAUGCUGCCUGCAAUCGGGAGCUCUCCCUGCUGCUCACCCAAUCGCGCUGCCUGCCGAGCAUUGCCUACGGGCCGCCGGAGCUGUUGCGUCUGCACGAGCGGUCGGAUCAGCAGCCUUCGGCUUCGCAGCGGCGGAACUGCCGCAAUUGCUAGUCCAAAUCUUUUUCUAGUUCAAUACACACAUUCCUCCACACCCCAGCAUGCCCAGCCGAGUUGUUUCUCGUCUAUUGUUUUCCGGAUCUCUACAUGUGUUUCGCUGUAAAU